AUGGACAUUCAACAGACAACUUUUUAGUGAUUAAAACUAUUUUUGAAACGUUGAAAUUGUACGUGCUUUCUGUCGUGUUUGCUCAAGGUCUUUUAUAUGCUGGAACAAUGAAAGUGAUGAUGUUUAUAAUUGUGGUACUUGGUGUAUUUUUGCUGACUGGAGUACCAUGUCUUGUGAUGGCUAAGUCAAUGGCUGGUGGUGGAUUAGUACUCAGUGACAUAGAUCCAACAGCUCAGAAAAAAUGUCAAUACGGUAAAAUACACUCAAAGUAUCGUGUCAUCUGUUACGAUCUUAACUAUGAUGAAUUUCCACAAACUUUGCGAAAAGAUAUUGAGAUUUUAUACUUUACACGUAAUCGUGUGACAGAAUUAACAAAUUCAACACUUGAAAAAUUUACUGAUCUUAGCUACAUAAGUUUUCAAGAUAAUUUCAUAACAAAAAUUGACACUGGAGCAUUUGAAUCACAAAAAAAAAAUAUCCAAGUUAUUGAUUUAUACAGAAAUGCAAUAACAAAAUUUCCAAUGAAUGUAUUUGAAUAUCCAGAAUUAACAACAGUCUCACUUGGAAGAAAUAAAUUAACAGAUGAAUCAUUAAAUCAUUCAAUAUUAUCACGUAUUGUUGAUCUUGAUAUUAGUCAAAAUGAGCUGCUGACAAAACUUCCAACGACAAUGUCAAUGCCAAAUCUUAAAUAUCUAAAUGUAUCACUCAACAAAAUUAUAAAAAUAACACCAGCUGAUUUGGCACAUUUUUGUUCAAUAAAAUUACUUGACAUUGACAGAAAUCCAUUGAGUCUAAAUGCUUGUGAAUGUACAGCUAUCAAAGAAUGGAUAAAUACACAUGAUAUAACACUCAUACCAAAAAAUUUAAAAUGCGAUAAAUGUACAACAUCAUCAAAAUUAUUAAUUUCAAACGAAACAUACACAAUUUAUAAUAAAUGUAAAGAUAUGACUUCAAGGCCAUAUGACUGGACAACCUUUUGUUUAAUUACUUCUGGUAUUGUUAUUAUAUUAGCAGUUAUAUUAUUUUAUAUUUAUAAAAAAAAAAGUACAAAAAAAGGCAACAAUACUAAAAUAAAUAAAGAACUUGUACUAUCAACAAAUGGUGCAACAACAGAGCUACUUAACAAUGGCAUUAAAAGUCAUCCAGAUGAUCCAUAAUUGUACUUAAUUUAUUAAUUAUCAUCUACUUAAUUAAUUAAUAAAUCACAUAUCUUUAAGUUAUUAUUAUAAUUUUUUUUUUUUAUUUAAAAUAAA